GGCGACCCGCCCCCGGCCGGCGCGUGAUUGUCUCAGCUUUAAAUGGAGGGUCUCGGAGCGCUGCUUUCUCUUCCCCCUCCUCCCCUCCCUUUCCGCCUCCGCCUCUCUCUCCAUCGGCAGGUAGUCCAACAGGCCGACCAGGAACGGUGAGUGUUUGACUUACUGGCAGACAAGCCUGAGUCGGAAGCAAGUUACUCGGAAGCAAGUUCCGUUGUGUCCCUCUCGGCAGCCUGAGGGGCUCCCCUGCCCCGGGGUGGUUGUCGCAUCUCGGCCAAGUUUCCCCACGGGUGGAAUAGGGUUUUCCCGUCCCGUCUUCCAAAAGAAAAAAAAAAGAGGUGUGCAGGGCUGAGAAGGGAAAGCAGCUCUCCUUUUCAUUGGGACUUUUUUGGAGGUGGGGAAGGUAUUUUCCGUUUUUUCCUUUUCCCACUUACGUCCUCCCUCCCAGACAGACCCUCUUGAACCCAGCUUCGUGAGAAACCGGGGCCGCUGGUGGUGAGGGGUCCCUGCCGUGCAGGAACUUUGCUUUCUUUUAAAAUAGGAGGGUCGUUUUGAAACAAAAGUAAACUCUGAUCCCAGGAUGAGGGCCCCUGCGAGCUUGUGGGAUGCGCGUCUCUCCCAUCAGGAGAAAUGUGGGCUUCCUUUAAAUCGGAAGUGAACUUUUAAUUGAAGCUGGGGGCCACUGGGGGCCUGGUUGAGUGUAUGAGAGAGUCGGUCCAUGCUUAGUUUAGGAGGAAUUAAUCUUUCUUAGCGUUUUUCCUUUUUAAACCAAUAUGCCUGGAUCGGAUAUUAGGGGGCAUGGGUGAACUUUGGUAGGUCCUUGUGUACCCUCUUGUUAGGCCUCUGUUCUAAUAUCAUCAAGAUAUGAAGAGGCCCAUGUUUCCUGUGUGCAGGGGACAAGGGUGUUGCAUCAAAACUUCUAUUGCUGAGAAUACAGUAUGUAGGAUGGGUUGGAAACCUUUUGCUGUCUUGUAAAUACUGUUAGGAAGGUUGCACCCCAACCCACAAUCUCUGCAAAACUGUGCACUGAGAUUCCAGGGGGUUCUAGGCGCUCCAAGGGUUGUUGGGAAGAUUGCUAGUGCCUUUAAUGGUUUAUUUAACAUAUUUACACCUGGAAGUCUGCAGUGAAGGAGAAGGUGCAGAGCAUUAUGCCCCAAGAGUACCAUCUCUCAUGGCUCUUGCCAUAGCUUAAGCCUAAAGCAGCAGUUAGUCAUUUGCUCUGCCCAGCAGCUCAUGGAGGUCUGGCCUUUGUUGUCCACCCUUCUUCCAACACACCUCACUAAACCCAACACCUCCCCUUCUAUCUCCUCCCCCCCAUACUAAAACCUGCACUUUUUUUUUACUGUGACAUCACUCCCCUACCCGGUCACCUUGGCAACCUCUGCUUUGCACAGAUCCAGGAGUCUUUCCCUCUUUGUUGUGCUAAUGACCAGCAAUCAGCACCUUUGUUAAUGGCUUAUCCUUGGCUAGCUAUGUGAGCUAGCUGGACUUGUGAUCCCAAACUUUAAAGCAACAGUGCUGUACUUGCUGAGCAUUUGUUAUGUGACUUUUAAAAUCUGCCUUCCCAGCCUUGUGCUGUCCUGCUUUUUUGGACUCAACUCCCACCACACCUGACUGCUAGUCAUUCUGCUUGGGGAUGAGUGGGAGCAAAGCACCUGGGGGGCACCAAGUUGGGGAAAGGCUGUAAUGAUUAAAUUCUACAGUUCAGUUCUGCAAGUCCUGCCCCUGAGCAAAAUGUACAGGGCACCUGUGAUUAAUAGAAAUAUGAACAGUAGAAGAACUGAAAACCGUAUGCUAACAUGACUUAGUUGGUAGACACUUAAUCUCAUGGUUGUGGGUUCAAGCCCUACAUUGGGCAAAAGAUUCCUGCAUUGCAAGGGGUUGGACUAGAUGACCCUCGUGGUCCCUUCCAACUCUACUAUGAUUCUUUGAUUUAACACAUGCAUGGGAAAUUGAAGUAAAAGAGCACCUUAGAUGCGUGACAAUUAUUCACAGUUUACUUAGUGACUUAUAUGAUGGUGUUAAGCUGCUGUAGGGACGCAGGUGGCGCUGUGGGUUAAACCACAGAGCCUAGGGCUUGCCGGCUCCUGCUCAGUCCCAGCUCCUGCCAACCUAGCAGUUCGAAAGCACGUCAAAGUGCAAGUAGAUAAAUAAGUACCGCUACAGCAGGAAGGUAAACAACGUUUCCGUGUGCUGCUCUGGUUCGCCAGAAGCGGCUUUGUCAUGCUGGCCACAUGACCUGGAAGUUGUAUACUGGCUCCCUCGGCCAGUAAAGUGAGAUGAGUGCUGCAACCCCAGAGUCAGUCACGACUGGACCUAAUGGUCAGGGGUCCCUUUACCUUUACCUUACCUUCAGUAGCUUAGGAACUCACCAGACCUAAAUCCAGCCCUGAGCCAGACAGUAAAAUCGCAAGGAGUUAAAAAACAAGUUAAAAGCAAAUUGAGGUGAAAAACAAUAAACAAACAAAAGCAAAAGUCUCUCCCGGGAGCUUUAGUGGUCCAAUCCUAUACUGUAACAUUUCGCAGUUGCUUUGUUGAAAAUAGAAAGUCUUAAAUUUUAUAUUGCUUCACGGAACAUGAAGAGGAGCCCCAUAUGCAGAUGGACUGAAGGACGGCUAUACAUUGCAAGUGGACACACACAAAUGUGAAUUGUACUGACCUCAAAAUCUUAAGAUACAUGUUUUUUAAGCUGCUAUAUGUAUAUUCACUUUUCGGUUGGUUUUUUUUAGCUGGGGAAGGGAUGAUAUUGACACAAGUUCCAGUGAGCAUAGCUGUUGCUUAGUUUGGUACAGUACUGAUAAUGCCAAGGUCACAGGUUUGAUCCCUAUAAGGGGCCACCUGAAUAUUCCUGCAUUGCAGGUGUUUGGCCUAGAUGGCCCUCACGGUACCUUUCAAAUUUAGAAUUCUAUGAUUUUGUUCCUGGGUUCCUCAGAGUCUUAAAAAUACCAUGAGGGUAUUUUACCUUUACCUUUACCUUAAGCUGCUGUACUUAAAAUAGCAGCCUUUCUCUUCAAAAUGAAUGAGGUGUGCAUUGUUGCUGUGAGGUUGUUGCUUAUUUGCUGUGGUUUAAGAAGUGAUUGUUGGAAGUUUGGGAAUAACCCAGAGAGAAAUUCCUAGGUGUCAGAAAAGAUUAUAUAUUUAUGCAACAACUGCACCCAUGUUUUGUUAGCCCCAAAAUGGAAAGUGAACGAGGUCCCAGCUAAAGAGGAGUGGUAACUUAAGUUGACAGAAUAUGCAGAACUUGCAGAUUUAACAAAUAGAAUAAGAGAGCAAGAAUAUAUUUAAAGAAAAGUGGAAAACAUUUAUUGAAUGUAUGGAAAAUAACUAAAGCUGAAAACACUGGCAGUACUAAGAUAAAUUCAACAGAGGAAAUAAUUUCUGAUGGAUGUAAAAGUGGAAAACUGAUUUGCAUGGAAAAUAUGUGGGAAUGCAUGAUAUGUAAAAUGAAGGAGAAGAAGGGAAGUCAUUGGAUAUUUUAAUGUUUGUAAAAUAUUCAUUUUGAAAUUGAAAAUUGAAUAAAAAUAAUUAUAAAAUAGAAGUGAUGGUUGGAAGUGAUCCAGUCCAUAGAAGCUAUGCAACAUAUCAUUGUGAAGAUUUGAAGAGGGAACAAAAUAAAAAUAUUCCUUCCAGUAGCACCUUAGAGACCAACUAAGUUUGUCAUUGGUAUGAGCUUUCUUGUACACACACACUUCUUCAGAUACACUGAAAUGCACACAAAAGCUCAUACCAAUGACAAACUUAGUUGGUCUCUAAGGUGCUACUGGAAGGAAUUUUUUUAUUUUGUUUUGACUACUUCAGAACAACACGGCUACCUACCUGUAAUUUGAAGAGGGGUUAGCCUAGGUGACUUGGAGGCUGUAUCCUGUUCUCAGAUUUUAAUACAACAGCGAGAGAGACUCCUUGAAGCUUAAUAGCAAUUCAUGGUUCAGCUGUGUUAGUGGGGCAUCAUCAUUAUUUUUAAAAUCAUGGGAAGGUUGCGUAUGCAAAAGGCAGGGGAUUAGAACCUGAGUGCCAGAGCUUGCUUUCCCUAGUGAGCACUUAUUCAGAACAUCUAGCCCUUUAAGAAAAAAUAGGUACAGUACUAACAGUUGCAACUUAGCAACCUUAGCAACAGAACACUGCUUAGUCUCUGGUUCGCUAGGGAAGUGUGGAGCUGAAUCACAGGGAAUCUACCACUGCCUAACAUAUAGCAAGACUUCUGUGCCUUUCCCUGUGGAAUAAUGAAUAAGAGUCGCCUUUUUGAAUAGAAGAUACAAAAGAAGGCAGAAGAAGCAGGCCUUGUUGUGCCUGUUUUGUUAUGUGUGAGAGCCUUGCAGCCCCGAUCAAAUGAAAAUGAUGACAUGAAGACCUCUGUAUGCCGGAAGACCUCAAAGUAAGAAGAGCAUGUCAGCUCACUGAAUACUUACUUGAGCCAAGCAAGGAAAGAUACAGUCUACUAAAAGAGCUCUACCUGCAGCUAGAUAAAAAAUUGGAUGGAAAAAACUCCCUGUGUUGUGAGCUGCUGUUGGUUUGAAAGGUGUAUUGGCCAUUUGAUCCAGAAUUUUGGGACUGGAAAACUCUGAAGUGACACUGGAGAAGAAAAGAAGUUUCUGAUUCGGGGGAUGAUCUGAGUUGCAGGAAGAUGUCUGUCAGUGAAACUGCUAUGUUAGAUGUUUUCCUAAGUGAUAGUGAAGAUAAUAAUUCUGAAGGUCAAGAUACAUUAAAUCGGCCUAAAGUGAGAGUUAAAAAGCCCAUUGGGUCCUCGGAAAGGUACCAGAGGUGGCUUCAGUACAAAUUUUUCUGUGCUAUUUGCAAAAAGGAAUGUAUAGAGGCCAGAAUACUUCACCAUUCUAAGAUGCAUAUGGAAGGUGGCAUUUAUACAUGCCCAGUGUGUAUAAAAAAGUUCAAGAGGAAGGAUGUCUUUGUGAAGCAUGUGAUGGAACAUGUAAAAAUGCCUCCUAGUAGGAAAUACCGUGGUAAGAAGAAGUUGCUGUUGAAGAAAGAGAGGCUGGCAAAGAGCAGUCUAGCCAGAAUUGCUUUCGUGGCUUUGGGAGAACAAGCCAGAACUGACAUGCAGGAUUACAUCACGUUUAGUAAGCUAGAAAACUGCCACUUGCAGGACAGGGACCUGUACCCAUGCCCAGGCACGGAUUGCUCCAAGGUGUAUAAGCAAUUCAAGUACUUAAGUGUUCACUUGAAAGCUGAACACAAAAAUGAUCCAAAUGCAAUGCACUACCUGGACAUGAAAAACAGGAGAGAGAGGUGUGCAUACUGCAGGCGGCAUUUUGUUUCGGCGUUCCAUCUACAGGAGCAUGAACAUGUGCACAGUGGCCCUCAGCCGUACAUGUGUGUGUCAGUGGGCUGCUAUGCUAGGUUUGGAUCAGUGAAUGAGCUGCUCCGUCACAAGCUGCAACAUGACAAUCUGCGUUAUAAAUGUGAGCUCAGUGGCUGUAACAUUGUUUUCAGUGACUUGGGGCAGCUCUACCAUCACGAAGCUCAGCAUUUUAGGGAUGCUUCUUAUGCAUGCAACUUCAGUGGCUGUAAAAAAUUCUACUAUUUCGAAGCAGAGUUUACGGAUCACAUGUCGAUGCAUAUUACAAAUGGUCAAAUUAAGAAGGUACGGAUUAAGCAGGAGGAAAAUGUUUCUGGGGACAGUCUUACUUCCCUUUCAGAUUUGGAGGUAUUUGAACAAAAAGAUCCCGCCUGCCUACAUGAGAGUCUUAAUUUGCCUUCAGGAGCUACAAACUCAGAGGGAAUCCAGCAGGUUAAGCUAGAACCUACAAACUCAGAGGGAAUCCUGCAAGUUAAACAGGAAGCUAUGUUUGAUGGAGAGGUGGAUGUUAAAGUAAUUACAGUUUAAGAAGCAAUAUUGACCCUCUAGCCAGUGACAUGCAGUUGGUGCCAUUGACAGAAGCAGUAGAUUUGGCCGGGCAACUCCUCUCUCUUAAACUCCCCUGUUAAAAUGUUUUGAUCUGGGUUAAGCAGAUACAUAGUUAUUUUAGUCUUAACAUAGUGUUUUAUUGUCCAACAUAGAAUUUUAAAAUUCAUCUCUGGUUAUUUUUGUGCUUUAAAAAAAUGUUUUUAGUUGUUUUUAUUAUACUUUGUACAUCACAUUGAGAUAAAUAUAUUUGGAACACAACAUCUUAAAGACUUAACCAAUUUAUUCUGGCAAGAGCUUUUGAUUACCUCGGUUCACUUCAUGAAACGUAAUCGUAAAGUGGUCAGCAUAUAAAUACAUUAUUCUGGCAGUGUCUUUCUGUACCAUGGUCUAACAUAAACAGACCUUUUCAGGGUUGUUCUGAGACGGAUCCCAAGGUGUUGGCUGCUAUUAGAAUACAUUUCAGUACAUUUCAGUGGAAGGAAAAUGUCAAAAACAAUGCAGGAAAUAAUGCAGUUGUUUCUGUGAUGCUUGCAGAUUGAAAUAAAGAUAACGAAUAUGACUCCUAUUUGCUUGCAUGAUUUCUGUUCCAGGUCUCUGAAAACCAUGUGAAAUGCAGCAACUUCUCCUAUUUUCAUUUCUGAUUGGAUUCUCUGACACCAUAAACCACAACUCCCAUCUUCCCUUGCUGUGAUACAGAGGCCCACAGGUUCACCAUCCUGCUCUGUAUGAACAGCUGUGCAUCUAGAUGUGGUUUCAAGAGUAUGUGUCGUGAAAUUGCACCACCACAAUCUCUGGACAGCAGACUGAACAGGCACACAGAUCACCUGCUCAAAAUCAUCUUUGCUAUGGUAGGGCACUGAAACUUUUGAAAGUUGUGCUCUAUUUUACAUGGCUGAAAAAGAUUUUACAGUGGUACCUCGACUUACAAAGGCGAUCCAUUCCGCGGUGCUCUUCGUAAGUCAAAACCUUAGGAUGUUGAAGCGUCCGUUUUGCUCAUGGGCGAAGCGCGAUUUUGCACUUCUGCGCAUGCGCAGAACGCGCACAUGGCAAAAAUACUUCUGGGUUUGCCGACUUCGGAAGUUGAAACCUUUGGAAGUCGAGGCAUUCGGAUGUCAAGGUACCACUGUACAGCAGUUUGGAAAGGAUGGGAACCCAUUCAAACAAAAGCAAGUAAUUCUUUAGGGAGUCAUUGUGCUCUGCUGAGUUAAAUUAACAUUUUAUUGCAAUGGGUCAUUAGGUGUUUAAUACAACACAAAAAUAAAACACCUUAUGCUUCACCUAUAUACGAAUGACAUAUGAAUGGUUAGCUCACUGCCCAUAAGCACACAUUACCAGCACAUGUGUAAGCCACAGCUCUUACCUACCAAGGCCAGAAAUAGCACCAUGCCUAGAACUCACUCUAUGAUAAUGAGGUGAGGAGGAUGAAGGAUGUACAUUUCACCCCCUCCUGUCUAUUGCUUGGAUUGUUGAUCAAUGUUAAAGGUAUUUUGUAUGAACAACAAUUCGAAUUUAUAGGAAGGGUAUGUGUGAAACGUAUACUUUAUAUACGCCAGUGUGUGCUGUAAACUGGGUACUGUUGUAUGAUCUGCUUCAACCAGACUCUGUAAAAAUUGUGGUGUUUCUCUUGCUACUCUUAAUUUUUGUGCCAUUGCUACUGUCAGGGGGACUCCCUACAGGGAGCCUCCCCCCACCAUCCUGACCAGCACUUAGCCCAGCGACAGCGCGAGCAGCGGGUCAGGGGGAAGCGGAAUGGAGGAAGGAAGGCUCAGUGAGGCAUCAGAGCCCCUGCACCACUCUGACCAACAAGUGGAGGAGGGACGGCUCAGGGAGACGUCAGAGCCCAGGCACUGCCCCAGCCGGCCAGGGGAAGAAGGGGCACUGCGACUACCGGUGCCCAAAUUGAGGCGCGCGCCCAAACGCAGGGCAAAGUGGUGGCGUUUCGGGGUGCCCAGGUUAUUAUGUUGGCCCGGAGCCGACAAGUGCCAUUGCCGGGUUCUGAGAGUGACUAGGAGGUCAUGUUUUCUGCUAUUUCUGCACUGUAAAUGGUAUGCACAAUAAACCUUUAAAGACACAAUGCACUGGAGUAAGUACUGGAGCGUCUUUACUCGGGAGUAGCUGCAACAACUCCCUGACAGCUACUCUUAAUUUUUGUGUCAGUUUCCCUCCAGAAUGCUGAACACUCCCAGAACACCAGCAGAAUGUCCAAAAUGGGACAGGACACGAUCAGUUUCUAACUAUUUUAAAUGCUCCUUAACAGUUGCCCUUAAAAGGCUUGAACUAAGCCUUACUAUAAUACUUUUUGUUUAUUGAAACAUAUAAAGGGGCAGUAAUAACACGAAGCUCAGAAUGACUCUGUUUCAGCUGAGCCUACACAAGAUGCUGUGAAAGUAUUUGUUGUUUAUUCACUCCAUUUCUAAACUUCCAUUCACCUAAUGUAUGUCUAUAAUGAAGGUACAUAGAAGCAGUUAGAAAAGAAUAUGAAACAAAAAAUCCAAAUAAUUCACAAAUAGUUAAAACAGGGUAUAAAAAAAGCAAGGUCUGAAUGCUGUGAUGUACCAAAAUUUUAAAGGUUGCAUUUUAAUUGAAAACCAAAACAUUUCCAAUUUUCUAUGACAAAUAAAAACUUUUUUAAAAAAAUCUCUAACUGGCAAGGAAAACAAACAUUAAUCCUAUAACGAGCGAGGAAACAAGUCUCUCCAGACUGAGUAAUGUAAAAUCUGCGGAUCGCAUUCCACCUUCUUGCUGCAGCUCCACGCCGGAAGCUUCGCCUCCUUCCCCGCCUCUCCGAAGUAGCUCCGCCUCUCCUCCCCAUUGGGCAGCGCUGGGAAGUGGGGCGGGAGGGAAAAAACCAGCUCCAGCAGCGCGCUGCAUUUGCGUCAUCGCCCCGCGAGAGGGGCGAACGCCCAAUGGGAACCUGUCUUUCGCGGCCGCCUCGCCUCGCCGAAGGGUGGCAGCAUGCGCAGGAGCCGGGAGUGGGCGGGAUCGUCGGGUCACGUGGGCCCGUCCCCCGCCGAUGUGGUCAGCGGCUGCGGGGUCACGUGAUUCUUUGCCUAUGCGCUGUGGGGCCGGGUGCAGAUGGCGGACGCCGAGGCUGACGCGGCCCUGCAGCCAGAGAUGCCCCGGCUGGCCGCCGGCCUCAGCUCUCGGCUCCGGCAGCUGCAGGUGGAGCUCAGCGAGCAGGGGGUGGACGAGGGCUCGUCGGCCGCCUAUUGCCGGGAAUUCUUUCAGGUGCAGCAGUGGAUGCGCUGGACCAUUGUCUUUCCUCAGUAAAAUACUGGAUGGGAGCCAACAAUGGAAGCUCAAUCAAGAGAAGACUGAGGCACUGUUAGUGGGUGGUUCCCUAGACCGGAUGGAUGGAAGGUGGCCUGCUCUUAUGGGGUUACAUUCCCUCUGAAGGAGCAGGUACAUCGCUUGGGAGUACUAGAUGCUUUGCUGUUGCUUGAAGCUUAGGUCACCUCAGUUGCACGAAACGCCUUCCAUCAGUUUCAUCUGGUGGCCCAUCUGUGCCCCUAUCUGGACAGGGAUAGCCCAGCUUCUAUCAACUAUGCUGUCGUAACUUCUAGUAAUGCAUUAUACGUGCAACGGCCUCUCAUAUUGGUUCAGAAAAUUAAGCUAGUGUAGGAUUCCUCUACUAGGUUGCUCACCAGGCCAUGACAGUUUGAGCAUAUUACAGUGAUCCUAGCCUAACUGCACUGGCUUCCAAUUGGUUUCCUGGCCCAGUUCAAAGUGCUGGUUUUGUCCUAUAAAGCCUUAAACUGCUCAUGACUGCAAUACCUCAAAGACUACGUAUCCCCAUGUGAACCAACCCAGAACCUGCAAUCCUCAUUGGAGGCCCUUUUUAUGCCUCCUCAAUGAGAUGUCAGGAGGAUGGCAACAGGGGGACAGGCCUCUAUUGCAGUAACUCCCCAUUUGUGGAAUGCUCUCCCCAGGGAGGCUCGCCUAGCACCUUCAUUAUGCAUCUUUAAGUGUCAGGUGAAAAUGUCCCUAUUCAAUCAGGCCUUCAGCUGAUUAACAUUCUGUGUCCUCUUAAAUGUUUUUGUGGGAGGUGGGGCCAUGGGUUUAUCUUGUUCUUAUUUUUAUUUUGUAUUUUUAUGCUGUCAGCCACCCUGGGAUCUUUGGAUGAAGGGAGGUAAAUAAGUAACUUAAAUAUUUAAUCAUGAUUGAUGAGGAAAACACAACAAUAUUAAAACUCCAUAAGCAGCAUUAAAAAAAACUGAUUUCAACUUCCAAGGGAGUGAAAC